AUGACCGCAUGUACUGACACCAACACCAUAACAGAACUUUCAAAAAUAAAAACAGAAGCAGAUAAACUGGACUGCGCUGUUUGUGGAGACAAGUCGACCGGGAAACAUUAUGGAGUCAGCACAUGCGAAGGUUGUAAAAGUUUUUUCAAGCGCACUGUCCGAAACAGUACAUCAUACACUUGCCGUGGAAAUAACAACUGUACAGUGGAUAGAGACAAUCGAAGUCGCUGUCCAUCUUGCCGAUUUCAAAAGUGCCUCAGCACUGGGAUGAAGAAAGAAGGUAACCGUAUGUUUUUGAUAUCCAUAUUCAUUAUCUUUGUGUUAACAUAAUAUGCUUUGUUUUAAAAAAAGGCUUUCGAUGCUUGGUUUCUCAGAUCUGUAAUCUGUUUGUAAUUUCUUUCAUUUUUUUUUCCGAUUUUGCUUUACGUUUGACGGAGCUUUCCAUUGUUAAUUACUAAUUGACUAUCAUACUAACUAAUACUAACCCAAAACUAAAUCUCGAAGGUUUUUGUGAAAUUUCAAAUCUCUGAACUGUUUAUUCUUUUAAACAAUGAAUCGAAAUCCAAACUUUUUGUAUUCAAUUUAAAAGUUAAAGAAUAAUAACAAAAACAGCCUAUUCAUAUUUCCAUGGAUCAUCAACAGUUUUGUUUCGUUUGCAUCAAUAAUCACUUGAAUGUCCAAAUAUAGUUACAAAUAGAUUUUCUUUUGGUAGAAUUAAAUGAGUUUUUUUUUUAUUAAUUCUUCCAUCGCAUAGUUUUAAGGCACUGCUUUCAAUUAGUACAACUGAUUCAAUUUUUUGUACAAUAACCUCUUGAUCCACAGCAUUUAACAGCACUAUGACCUCGCUUUGACCCGAUCAAUUUUCGUCGUGUCAUCAAAACCUGUCAACCAAUCAGAUAGCAGUCAUUGGCAGAUAAUUGUUAGAAGGAUCUCUUGUUACUUGAAUUUAAUUUCCCUCAGCUUUUGACCUUCAUGAGAACAUCCGAGUUACCACAAACGAAUCAGCGACAGAAAUUUUACUUCUCAAAUUCUUAUGGGUUACGAAUUUCUUUUAGCCAGAUACAAACCCUAAAUUAGUAAAUGUAAUUUGUUCAUUUGUGCAGCAGUACAAACAACCAAGCUACCCGCUUUUCCUGGUUUCUCCUUCCCGUAUUUUGGAGAUCCCAAUGGGCUUUACGCACCGGGGCUUUUACCAUUUACAUUCCUUCAACCUGCGCUGUCCAAUCCGGGAAAUAUUCAUAUGGGAAUGUUCCCACAACCACAGGGAACUUCUGAAGUCGUUUAUGAGUUAGCCGCCCAUGUGCUCUUCUCUGUGGUGGACUGGGCACGAAAGCUGCCAACAUUUAAUAACCUGGUAGAGAGCGAUCAAAUCACGCUGCUUAAAAUGGCGUGGAGCGACCUGUACGUACUAGAGAGUGCCCGCAGUCCAAUUCACCUGUAUAUGCAGCAGUUGUACGCCACAGCGAACAUGCAGGCCAGGCAAGUGUCCAUGGAGAAUAUCCUUAAGCGGAUGGAGCAUGCCCGCUUGUUUCAGGACCAGAUGGAGAAAGUCCGCUCGCUUGGAAUGGAUCUGACAGAACAUUUUCACAUAAAGUGCAUCGUCUUGUUCAGAACGGGUGAGGAAGUUUAAAUUUUCUUCAGUUGGUUGAUAUAGUUUCCUUGGACUACAUUGCAUUGCAUUCCUAGGGUACAUUGAUGUAAAACGUUGACACAACUAAGCAACAAACGAAAGUUUCCUCAUCUCACCAUUGGAACUCUUCUUACGAGCCCUUUUUUUUAUUGCUGUAGGCAGCAGCGAAGAUUCUACUGGAUAACGAAGUGUGGAACUAUGAUGAAAAAAGACCUCAUGUAUUAGUGUGGCAAUUUAAGUAACCGUUUUAAGAUUUUCUUCUCAAAUCACUCAUUAUGACUCGUGAGCUUAUUAAGCAAUUUUUACCCAAUGUCUCCUUAGACGGUUCACCAAUUACACAGCCCCAGCAGAUUGAGAUCCUCCAAGAUACCUCCCAGAGUUCUCUGGAGCAGUACAUCAGAACCCAAUACUCCAGUCAACCCACUCGCUUUGGCAAGCUAUUGCUCAUGUUGUCAUCUCUGAGGAAAAUUGAGCCCACAGUUAUUGAACAGCUGUUUUUCGCCGAUGUUUUGCGCGGAGCAUCGAUGGGAGACGUUCUCAAGAAGAUGCUAACCAGCAACUCGACAGCACCGAUUGUUCAUGGUUCCUUGAUGGCAUGAGAGGCACCCUAUAACCAGUCAGUGGACCUAUUUAAAGAGAAAAUUGAAUAUUGAGCUAGCGAAAUAAUCAGUCGCAAUGAGAUCAGCCUUCUCCCAGUUUGAUCGCUAAGCUUUCUGUGAUUCGGGUUAUCGAGCAAUCAAAACGACCACUGAUGACAGGCCGUGAUUGCUAUCAAAGUGGGGUGGGGGCGGGGCCUCAAAAAUAGAAGUUCGAUAUUAACCCUUACGAAGUACUGAUCCAAAAUGAUUGGUCGAACAAGAUGAUGCAACUCAAAAAAAUUGUUUACAUAGUCAAAAGAUGUCAAAAGAGUCGUAUAAAAUCAUCAUAACUUAGUAUGCUCUUUAUAUAUUAUCUGCAAUGACCCCUUUAUAAGAAGUUUGUCUUGAUUUGAAAGAAACUUAUAUCGGUUUAUUAGAUAAAAGAUUUAAUUCUCUCAAGCGAAUGAAAACAUUUUCAUGAUACAUACCAGAAUAAUACAAAAAAGUGAUGCAUACGAAGUACACCGCAUAAUACAAGAAAAAUGCAAAUAUUCAGGUGAGAUGAGAAAUACAAUAACAAUAAUGAUAACGGUGAUGAUAAUCAUUCUGAUGACAUGCCGAAAACAGCGGCGUGAAGCUCCAGGAAAGUAGCAGUGAUUCCACUCACAAUCUUUAAACCCAUGUCACUGAUAGCACGCAUUUAAUCAUUUGCCAACAGUUAUCUGAAGUGACUACCAACACAUGUAUGCUCAAAAAUUUUCUACCGUCUGUCUGAUCAAACCCCUGCGCCUCAAAUGAUCUAUGUCUGAAUAAUCUAUACGUAAACACAAUAACAUACAAAAAAGUAUUUUAUCAUGACAAUUCUGUAACAAUUUAUAGGAAAAUAUCGUGUACCAGGACACACACAAAUUAAAAAAAUAUGUAUCAGUGUCCAUUUCAUAACGUGUUUCUACAAACCUCAAAACGAGGUUAUUUUCUUUAUUUACCUUUCGCGCGCUAUCCUUCGAAACCUCAGUUUCAGAAACUCCUUAUGCAGGCCAAUUUGCAUCUAUCGACUCAGGGGAUAAAACCAAUUUAUCUUGUAUCACCCCCACCGACACGGCACCGCACUUUGUUUGUUUAGAAAGUUACCUCUUUUCCUAUUCUGAGCCAAUAAUAGUUAUAGAACCUGGAUUCACUGCUGUAACUAAGCAUCCAAAUGUUUCGAGACGAAAGAGCUGCGCGUCUUUAAAUAAAUACAAUGUAAUUCAUUUUCGUUUCACUGGUCUUUCACUGAAACUACCGCUGUCAUUUUCCAAUUAUAAUAUCUUCAUUCCUACAAUCUUCAUUCGACUCUCUUUGAGCGGGUGCUAUCAACCUUUCUACCAGGCCUCAAGGAAAAAGUAAAAGCAUCAGAUUGACGAAUCAAUUUUCAAUUUUGGUGCUUGAUGGUCGGUUCUUCCUUGCGACAUUAUAUUUUUGUGUUUUUAUUUUCAUGCUCGUGGAUUUUGGACGCCUCUGCAAAGAACUGAUGAAAUUGUCGUCAUUGUUCAGUACCAUUCGUCUGACACAAAAAGGAUUGUAAAAUACAAUUGUCCAGAUGUUCAGGUCUAACGUGGAUUCUGAGUUAGAUCCGUCCACGAACAGGAAAUUGAUUCCUUUAGGUUACUGUUUGAUAUUGAUUCUUUCGUUGAAUAAUUACAAAGAAAACUAACAAAAGCAAUUCGCGAUGCUUUUGUUUACGUUAAUGGCUUUUCUCUUAUCUUAAUCAUGAACGUUAAAAUACAGGCCUAAAUUGAGUUUUCUGGAAUUAAUGUUGACAGUUAGUGUCUAAAUCAAUUUAUUGAUGACAGUUUUAUCAAUAGAAGCUCCACGUCAAAAAAAAGGUACUUAAAGAUAUAAUUUUGGAAUGAUAAUAAUCUGCUUUGAAAUCAUACUCUGUUUUAAUUUUUUUCGUGAUCUAACACCUUAUGGACCCUUAUGGUCAAACAAUUAUCAGGAGAACGUGCGAAAUCUUUUCAUGAGUGUUUCUGCCCUCAAAUUAAUUUUGUUUGAGGUGCGAAACUUUUUUAAUUAUUCUUAGAAAAAAACUGAAAAUAACAACAAGCCGUAAGCCAGGGCGAUGGUAAACUGAAAAACUGGAGACAAGACACAAGCAGAGGUAAGGUGCAAAUGACUCAACGUUUUACUACAUUGUGCGUGGCUCAGUGAGAGAUUUCUGCUCGUAACAGAAGGUUGUGGUCGGUACGUAACCGAUUAGUCAUUACAUCCUUUUUUUCCCUUUCUUUAUUAAGACGACAACAUGUCCUAUACCUAAAUAUAACGUUGAAAAGGACUACAUUUCGAGGUAAAGUUUGUUUAAUUUCGAGACAAUUUAUAAAGUCGAGCAAAUUUUUACUUCUACCCUUUUGCAUUCAGUUAUAGAACAUUCUCGCUCAGUAAACAUCAUUGAAAAUACGUGUUCUUAGGCAUAUCAGCUCAAAGAAAAAGAAAUCGAAUGGAGAAGUUAUGGAGUUGGAAGUGCUUUUUUUACCGGCCAGAAAAAUCUCAUCAUAUUGAACUUUCAAUCGUCAUGAAUGCAUGAGUUUUGUUAAUUUCUUCUCUGUUUGCUGUCUACCUCGGUUCCGUUACGUCGAUCGUGCCAAGAACUGUAUUCAUUGCUGUUCUUUCAACUACGCACGAAGCAGAAUCCCUUUCUUUUCAGUGUAAUCAAAUGAGGAAAUAUUACACCUUUGUUUUGAGCCGAGCCGAAAAGUUGGCGGGGAUGCAUCUUCACUAAAUUCACAGUCGUUUAAGCCUUUUUCAAAAACGUAAAUUGAAGCUUAUGUCUAGAACAGCUCGCAUACGGCCGGGACACUCAACGAAAAGGUUUCGGGUGUUAUCUCUAAAUAUCUUCUGCAAAUCAUUUAGUUCAUCUUUUCGCCCUGAGAUUUACUAAAUGUGUCGUAACUGAGUCAAUAAUCGCGCUGACCUUAUUCCCUUCGUAGUUUGAUUAACUUUGGGUCCAUGCAAGCUUUAUUGUCACAUUAUUGUCGCUUGUCACAUUAUAAAAGUACUUUGCUUAAAACCGGAAAGUUUGAUAAGAAUGGUCACUAAAAAAUAUAAAUUAAGGUGGACCUUGAUGCAUUCAGUCAGAAGUUCGGGCGAAUAAGCAAAUAAACUUUUUGCUCAGAAGGACCUAAGCCAUUAGCAAAAAUAAAUGAGAGCUGGAGAAACAAUGCUUCCUUGCUUGAGCCAGCACAACUGACUUAUGGACCCAAAUAAUCCCUUUUUAUACGACAUAAAGUUGUUUGCAUUACAGUUAACAUGUUCUCAUAACAUCUUUAAAGCUUUUUUCUACCAAAAUAUAUAUGUAAUUGUGGUUACACGUCUUCGCUCUUACAUGAACUUCAAACUCUCAACACUGUAGACAACGUCGAGAAUGUUGGCAAUUGAUAAAGUCAGUGAUUCGUGUUGAUUUUCACUUUCAUUACCAUCCUAAAACCGUUUACUCCAUGAAUUCAUGAACUGUAAAUUUAUGGUAAGGGGUGCUAUGCGUAAAAAUUCGUCUACUCAUUUCUUUUCAUCUCACGCGCUCACCUUAAUUUCUUUGCAGGCAUCUGUUUUGAAGAUCUUUGAAGAUGUCCAAAACGUGUUAACCUAUAGAGAUAAGAUGCUCUAUUUACCCAAUUCCUGCCAGAGAUAGUUAUCCAUGGAUUGUCAUUUGGUGAACAUGAUAUCGUCACUUUUUUUACUUAGCUGUAUCUUAUUGUCUUUAUCCCAUUCAAUUUCGGAACAGUUGCAACACAUUACUAGCACAAGCAUACCAGGUUUCGAAACUAGCAACGUAACCCUUGGUGGCUUGUUUUUCCUUCAUUACAAAGGCACUGACAAUGAGGACUGCGGUGAUUUUAAUGCCCCUGGAUUAGGUCACGCUCAGGCAAUGAUAUUCGCCAUAGAAAAGAUAAACAACGACUCGAGUUUGCUUCCAAACAUAACACUAGGCUAUGACAUACAUGACUACUGUGAGAGUGCUGCGCUUGCAAUGAAAUCCACUUAUCAGUUUGUCAAAGGUAGCGACUCACACUACGCAUGCUCACAGGAAGCCAUCAGGGCACUUGCAAGGAAUAAAACAGCGACGCAUUCUUCGAGUCCAAUUGUUUCUCUGAUUGGGCCAGCUGACUCCGGCAGCUCCGUCCUAGUUGGAAGCUUGCUUAAAGUCGCCGGUAUACCAGCUGUCAGUUAUGCUGCUACGAGUGAAGAACUAAGCUCGCCGUUCUACAAAAACUUUUAUAGAACAGUGCCAUCGGACAAGCAGCAGGCAAGUGCAAUGGCGGAUCUGUUUGAAUACUUUGAUUGGAGUUACAUUGCCACAGUAGCUGUUGAUGAUUCGUAUGGCAGAUAUGGAGUGUGGGCACUUGAAAAGGAGUCCUUCAUAAGGAAGUCAUUUUGCUUAGCUCUCUCUGAAUACAUUCCUCGUUUAAACUACAUGAACAAAAUUAAAGUCAUAGUCAGCAAACUGAAGAGGCGCUCAAAUGUCAGAGUGGUUGUUCUUUGGUUGUUUGGCGGCUAUGGACGAACUUUCAUUCACGAAGUGGAGAACCAGAAUUUACUCGAUCGCACCUGGAUUUUAAGUGACGCCCUCGCAUCAGAACAACCAAACCACAUUCAAUCACUAUUCAGUGUCCUGGAUGGGGCCUUGGGCAUUCAGCCAUUUUAUCAUCACAAUGAAGAAUUCAAAUCUUAUUUGGCAACAAUUACUCCGAAGGACAUGAUUAGGAAACGUACGUCUCAAUGGUGGGAAAAAGUUUGGACGAAAGAGUUCAAUUGCUCCAUAAAAAAAUCGCUUGAACUCCGUGCGUGUGGAGAGAAUGCGACUCUGACUCAAAAUGUAGUUCAAAAGCUCUACGACACUUUUCUACCUUAUGUAAUCGAGGCAGUUUAUGCGGUUGCGCAUGCUCUCCACAUGAUGUAUUUAUGCAGGGAACCUCAUGGUCUACUCCCAGAGGGGAGAUGUCCUCAAAUUCAUCCAUCAGUGAGGCCGCUGGAUGUUGAUCAGUACCUGAGAAACGUUUCUUUUGAUGGCAUUAUGGGAAAAUUUCUAUUUGAUGAGUCAGGGGACCCCGUGACCUCAUCCUAUGGAGUUAUUAACUUUCAUAGACACGAAGAGGGAGGGGUUACACAAAAUGUCAAACAAAUCAUCGGAUCUUGGAAUAGGAGUUCCAGAGUAAGACUUCAGCUUGAAGUCGAUAAGAUCAAAUGGAGUAGGAAGUCUUCAAAUGCGAGUGUUCCACCCACAUCAGCUUGUUCCGUGAUAUGUCCUCCAGGCACUGUGCAGUCUGUUACAACUGCAUGCUGCUGGGAAUGUGCAAGAUGCCCUCUGGGCUCUGUUAAUCGAGACUCUGGGUCUAGAAAUUGCACAGAAUGUCCUGCGGGUCAGAGGUCAAAUGAAAAUCGUACAGAAUGCGAAGAUCUGCCGAUAGUUAACAUCCAACUGACAGACACUACAGGUUACCUAGUCACUGGUUUUAUAGUUUUCGGUGUGCUAAUUACGAUAUUUUCGUCCCUUGUUCUAUUGAGACAUCGAGAGACACCGCUCGUGAAAGCUUCAAGCCGUGAACUGAGCGCAAUCUUAUUGUUGUCCAUCACCAUGUUCUUCGCUCAAACGUUCCUAAGUAUCAUGCAACCUACUACUCUAACUUGCCGUUUAGCUUACUGCUUGAACUACAGUGCGCUCGGUACGUGUGUUGCGACACUCAUGAUUAAAACUCUUCGUAUUCUAAGUGCUUUCCGUGAUGAUUUCAUCGGCAAACGAAUGAAGCAGUACAUUCUGACGAUAAAAGUUCAAGCCACCUUGGUUUUUUUGUUGAACUCGGUUGUAUUUUUUCUGUUGACUUUUUGGCUUUUUCUGGACGCUCCCUUUAUGACACGAGUUAUACAACGAGGCGAGUACAUUUUUCUGACUUGUCGCCCACACAGUUCUUCUUUGGGCUUCAGCUUGCAUAUCGCAAUCAACGGCUACCUCGUUUUGAUAUCUGCUAUCUGCACCAUUCAUGCUUUCAAAGUGAGAAAGUUACCUGAAAACUUCAACGAAGCGAGGUAUAUCGGUUUUGCAAUGUACAUUCUCCUUCUUUCCACCAUAGCUUACUUCCCAGUGGACUUUGCAGGCCUAGAAAGCCAAAGUGUAACCAUCGUGACUUGUGUAACUACACUUGUGAGCUCGUAUGGCUUGUUGGGAUGUAUGUUCGCUCCUAAGUUGUAUGUGAUUCUGGUUCAUCCGGAACAAAACACGACGGCAGCUGUCAGAUGCCAGGUGUCAGACUACACCUUUAGGCAAUCAUUACCAUCCCAAUCACGCAAUGGAGAGGGAAUUACUUAG